CGGCCCCGCUGCCUAGCAACACCAGCACACUUCACCACCAAUCAAAAUGACGUCUGUGAGAUCUCCAUGAUUUGUGAAUCCAACAUCCCGGUGUGUACGAGGCCCGCGUGCGACAUACCAUCAUCACUUCACUCGACUACUUGAACUCCCCAGCAUCCCCAUCCUCUCGCGGCCUUUUCUAUGCCUGCCCUGCCCACGUCUGCCAGCACACCUAAAAGUCAAGCUAAAUAGCCACAAUGCAUCGGAAGUGUACUUCUGCCGGCAGAGUGACUUCACAAUGUUUACUCUCCUUCCUCGUCCUCUCUACACCCAUCACCGCCGUGGGAGGCGAUCGGUUACACCCACAACAGCAGCCACUCCCCCUACUUCCUGACCUGCCUUUCCCUCCCAAGUCCAAAGUUCCGGCCGGUGAUUACGAUCAUGUCUUCGUAUGUAUCUUCAUGCUUCCCAUAUAUAUACUAGAAGUACUAACUGCUCGUAUAGAAGUUGCGUCAUGUCUUCAACCACAAAAAUAUCAACCGACCAGCCGAGCACAUACGGAUUGAUAUCCCGAAGACCGAAUCGCCAGUAUGGAUAGAGUCAGAGGAAGGGGGCGUUCUAGUCCAAGAGACUCGGCCCCUGGUGGUAAAGAGCAGUUCCAUGAACAUACACCGUCUAAAGGACAGGCGCCCCUCAGUGGUGGAUCCUAUGGUGGCCGCUGCUAGAGAAUACAGUGAUGUGUGGGCUAUGGGCCCAGAAGCGUGGACUCUGGAUGAUGUCUACGGGCCAGAUGUGACAGAUAAGGAAACUAUUUUGAGUCUGGCUCAGAUGGCAGCAAAUGCGUAUUGCCCAAUCCCAGGCUCCGGGAACUGGAAAGAUGUAGAGGGGGGGUUCAACAGGACCAACGACGAGGGCUUUGGCUGGCAGGGAAAUACGCUUCAAGGAUAUCUCUACGCCGACGAGAGCAACUCGACUAUUGUCAUCAGUAUCAAGGGCACAUCUCUUGCGAUAUGGGACGGGCAAGAUACUACGACCAAUGAUAAAGAAAACGAUAACCUCUACUUUAGCUGUUGUUGUGGCCAGCAGGGAAGCGCUUUCUAUAGGACUGUCUGCGACUGUGCUACAGCAACAUACACUUGUAACUUGACAUGCUUGAAGAAAAGUCUCAAAAAAGAAAAUCGGUACUACGCGAUGGCCCGUCAGCUUUAUUCCAAUGUCACAGCAAUGUAUCCCGAUUCCGAUAUCUGGCUGACCGGUCACUCGUUGGGUGGUGCCAUUAGUUCUCUGGUUGGAUUGACCUACGGGAUUCCAGCCAUUACUUUCGAAGCCGUUCCUGAUGCCUUACCCGCGAACAGAUUAGGUCUUCCAGUACCGCCAGGAGUCGAUCCAGACAGACCGGGACAAAGAGACUGGACUGGUGCUUUUCAUUUCGGACAAAAUGCAGACCCCAUUUACUUGGGGACUUGUAAUGGAGCCACGGCCAGUUGCUCUUUUGCCGGAUAUGCCUUGGAAAGCUCUUGCCACUCCGGGAGAGAAUGUGUCUACGACGUAGUCAAGAACAACGGAACGGGGGUGUCUAUUUAUACACACAAAAUCAUAUAUGUGAUUGAGAACGUCAUCAAAAAAUACACCGAAGUGCCCGAGUGCAAGUUUACACCGGAAUGUUAUGAUUGUCCAUUGUGGAAAGAGGUUACUGGUAAUAGCAGUCAAACAACAUCGUCUACGACCAGCUCGACCCGAACUCAGACGCGAACAGAAACUUGCAAAACUCCUGGUUGGUGGGGUUGCUUGGAUGAGACCACGACAACAAGUGCAACAACUACCAGUAGCAGUACCACGACCACAUCGACAUCAACCUGUAAAACGCCAGGUUGGUUUGGAUGUAAUGAUGAGAAAACAACAACCACCAGUGCUAGCAAGACCUCACUCCUUACCGCCACAUCUACAUCAACCACAACGUGUGCCACACCUGGAUGGUGGGGAUGUAAUGAUCCCACCACGACAUCUCAAGGUGCCGCUUCACCGACAUCAUCUAUAUGUCACACCCCAGGACUAUUUUGGGGAUGCUAUGAUCAAAGCACCGUCACUGUCACAACCACUACCACCACAACACUCUCCCAUGCUAUUACUUCACCCCCUCCGGUACCCACAUCGACCAGAGUAAGGGCUACGGCUAGCCCUAGCCCAAGUACAACGCAAUCCGCGUGUACGCCCUACUUCUUUGGAUUGAUUUGCUUGGGUGCAUCACCUACACCUAUUCCCGACUCGGAAGAGGGGAAACGGAUGAAGGUGGAAAUUUAGAUGUAUAUUCAUAUUAGACGGAAGUAUGACGGUUGGUUAUACAUCGUUCCUGCUUCUUUUUGGUUGGCGUAAUUGGGAUAGUUUAGGAUGGGCAUUUUUGGGACGGUUUGGGCUAGGCAUUAGGAGUUUUUUCUUUCUUUUUAAACUAGCAUACAUGAAUGAGCG